CUAGCAAAAAAAUGAGAGAUAUUGAACAGUCUAAUAAAAGACUGGAAGAGAAGAGCAGAAUUUUGGAAAUGGAAAACAAACGAUUGCGAACACUGAAGGACCAGAUGCGUAGCAGGUUGGAGCGAGAGAAUAAAAACUUAAAGAAAGCUUUGAAUGAGGAGCAUGCAAACAGCAUAAAAGAAGAAGUAAGUGAAGUUGAACUACUCAGAGCAAAGUUGGAACGACAAGCAAAAGUGAUAGAUGAACUGAAACAUGUUGCCACAGAUGCCAACAGGGAUGUUCUGAGUGUAGACAAGAAUGGAAGUAUGAGAUCUCUGAACGAUGAAGUUAGUCUUGCAUCUGAAUGUGGUACGUCCAUCAUCUCGGACGACGAAGAUGGAUGGAAUGAGUUUGAUAAAGCAGAAUUAGAGGCUAAUUACCAACAGCUAAGCAAAGAGUACCUUCAACUUAAGAAAGCAUAUACUCAGCUACAGACAAUGGUAGGAGGCACGCUGGACCCACAGAGAGAGGCAAAGAUGAGAAGAGAUUUAGAAUCUGACCUUAUUGAAAGCCAGGCUACGAUAGAAGCACUACAGAAGUCACUGCAGGAUAAUGGCACCAGUGUGGAUUGGCUAAAUGAGAAAAGGGCGAUGCAACAGCAGAUUAAAAAGUCCAAUGAAAAGGUGAAUGAACUGGAGUACUCCUUAAAGCAAGCAGAGGAUGAGAAAGAGCUUCUGGAAUUCCAACUACUGGAGACAUCUGAAGGAGAUGACAUCAUUGAGACAGGCUCACCAAGAGCAAGCACGCCAAGAAUAAUGAUUACUCACCAUUUAAGCACAGAUGGAGCUGGACUCCAGUAUGCUUGUACUCUAGACAGUUUUGAUGAAAUUUUGUUUAGUGAAUUAAAGCAACGUCUAGAAGCAUUGAACAAGGAUUGUUUCUUAUCAAGACCAGAUUCGGAGUUACUGGGUCAAACGCUCAAGAUGUUGAAUGUGGCUGACAAGAGAUUGAUAGCAAUGGAAGAGGAAAUAACAUCUUUGAGGAGAGACAUUUCAGAAGUAGAAAAUGAGAGAGAUAUCUUAGCAACUGAUAAGGUUAACAUGACUGCUGAACUUGCCAAUCAAACAGUAGAAGGUCAAAGUGCACAAGUGAAAGUCAAUGAGUUACAACAGACAGUGGAACAGCUGAAGCAUGUGGAGGAAAAGAUGGAGUUAGUAGAGGGCGCUUUUAAACGAAGUGAAGAACGGCUACAGCAAGAAAAUGAAAAACUCAAGAAGCGAUUGAGUGAUGCUAAUGAAGGAAGGACCAAUGAGAAUGAGAUGCUACAGCAGAAAAUAAAUGAAAAUAAACAAUUGGAACAGAGAUACCCUCAUUCAUCAAGGUGUCUUCUGAAACAGAGGGUAACAGAAUUAGAGCGAGAACUUAAUCUUCGAGAGCGGCACUUGAAUAAGACGGAACGACAGAGAUUACUUACAAUGGAAAAAGAAGUCACACAACACAAGAAGACUAUAAAAAACCUUCAAGAUUUCCUUAUGGAACAUGAAACUAAAGGUGCUGAGAUGCAAGAAGAGAAAACUCUACUGGAGGAAGAAAACAAGGAAUUGGUCCAAGAAACAUCACAUCUUAAAAUGAAAAUUGCAGAACUCGGGGCACAGGAAGCAAAAUUUCAAGAAAAACUUAAGGACUGUGAAGAAAAUAAGAAUUCUCUUGAAGAAAUUAUUCAUGUCAAUGAAUUACAACAUUCAAACAGGGUAACUGAACUUCAGCACAAGAUGGCCGAAAUUGACAGAAAAUUGCAAACAGUUAUAGAAGAAAAUGAAAGAUUAAUCUGUCAAAUUAAAAUCUUUGAAGAUAAUGAGGUGACUGUAGACAAGUACAAGCAGCUUCUGAAUGAAAUUGAAGAGUUUAGGACUAUUAAAAAUGAUCAAAGAAUUCAGAUUCAAACACUUGAGGAGAAACUAAACCAGUAUGAAAACAAAGGUGUUGAAUCAUCAGACGAAGACACUUCUUGCAGUCUCUCAUUGCCUAUUGAUAACGCUCACAUCAACCACGAAAAAGGAGACAAUGAAAAAACAGAAAAGGAAUUGAAAGAAAAAGUAGAUGAAUUAGAAACAUCUGAGAUAGAAUUGAAAGAGGAAAUCAAGAAUUUAAAAUCAUCAGAUGAAACUUUGAAAAAAACUCUUUCACAGUUAAUAACAGAAAAUUCUAUGCUUGUACAAGAAAAGAGUAAAGUCCAAAGUGAGGUUGAGGAAUUGAAGGAAGAAGAGUCGAUGCUGAAGAAGGUGAUAAAAGAUCAAAUGACAGAAAAUGGAAAACUAAGAAAUAAUCAUGAAAUUGAAAAUGUUUCCUCUAGAGACAGUGAAAAAGAUGCCCUUAGGAAAGAGUUAGGUGACAUCCAGGCCUCCGAGUGUAUGUUAAAGGAGCAGGUUUGUGAUCUUACACAGAAAAACAAUGAACUUGCAACUCAGAGAUCAGACAUGAGUAAACAACUUAAGGAAUUUAUUUCUGUUGAAAGCCACCUGCAUAGAGAGAUUACAGAAUUACAGUCAACUAUAAAAGAAUUACAAGAGUCAAAACAUUUAGUGGACAAUCAGAUUGUUGGAGAUGAAAAUAUGGUAAACACUAUUCAAGUAUUAGAAGAUACUAAACAACAGUUAGAAAAUAAAGUGAAGCUUUUACAAGGUGAUAAGGAUGCCCUUGAGGUAAAAAUGCAGGAAAUUGAACAGCUUGUAAAAGAUGCUGGCAUUGCAGAUGCAUAUGAUUUGCAACAAUCUAUUGAAUUCCUUAAGAAUAAAAUAGACAAACUACAAGGAGAACAACAACAGUUAAAGACUGAAGCUAAAGAAAGUAAAGAAAAUGAAAACAAGCUUCAAACAAAACUUAGUGAAAUGCAAGAUUCUGAAGAAGCUCUAUUGGAGAAAAUAUCUAUAUUGAAUGAAAAUAAUGAAAGGCUAAUAGAGGAGUUAAAUGAAACCAAAGAACAGAUUGCAAGUUUAGAAGAAAUCAGACGAAACCUUAAAGAAAAGGUUGAAGAAACCGAAGAACAACUUGAAGAAUUAAAAAUAACAUCAAUCUCUCUGGGAGAUGAUAAUCUUGGAGGAACUUCUAAAUCAUUACAAGAUGAUCUUGGACAUAGUUUUGAUUAUGUUGGUAAAGAUAACAUUAUUGAUGAACUAAAAGAAGAACUUGGUGAGCUACAAACACAGGUGACAGAGCUAAAAGAGGAAAAUGAAAAACUUCAAAAUGAAUUGUCUUCAAAAAAUAUUGUUGAGGAGGUAAUAGAGGGUGAAAAAACUCUUAUCGACUUCAGUACUCCACCACCACUACCAGAAUCCCCACCUCCUCUUCCAGUGUCUCUACCUCCUCUUUUGCAAGAUUCUCCUCAAACUCUGCUACCAGAAGUUAUUUUACCUCUUAACAGUCAACAAAGAGAUGAAGCUGCAAUCUGGGAGGAACUUGAGAGGAUGAAAAUAAAUAGCAAUCAAAAGAUUGAUUUUACAAUGGAUGUAAACCAAUUUCAUGUACUUCCAGAAAAUUUAAGGAUGAAAGAAAAACAAAGCGAAGAUUUGGUAGUGAAGGUUAAAAUGCUUGAGGACAAAAAUGACAAAUGUAAUCAGGAUUUACACAAUAUACAGAAAGAGCUGGAGGAUAUGGGGGAAAUUAUAUUGGAGAAAAAUAAAGACAUUGAGGAGCUUGAGAAGGCAAUUGCACAGUCAGGAAGAAGACAUAGUGAGCAUGACCUUCACAAACAUGACCUUGAGAAGGAAGUAGAAGAGUUAAAGAUUAGCAUAUUAGAGAUGGAAGAAAAUGAAGAAGUUUUAGAGUCAAAAGUAAAAGAAUUAGAAAAACAGUGUAGUGAUUUAGAAGAACGAAAUUUUAGAUUGAAAGAUAAAGUUUUAUCUUUAGAAUUGGUUGAAUCUGAUGCAAAGGAUAUGAAGAUAGCAUUGAAGGAUAUGGAAGAGCAGAAUAGUUUGCUUGUUCAACAUGUUAGUGACUUCAAAAACAUGGAGGAAAAAUUGAAUGAAAAGAUUAAGGAAGCAGAAACAAAUGCAAAUAUGGUGAAUGCAUUGUCUCAUGAAACUGAGGGAUUAAAACAAAAGCUCGAAAGUAUAGAAAAGUCUCAUUUGUCAAAAAGUAAAAAAUUGGAAGAUGUAACAAAAAUGAAUGAAGAAAUUAUGCAGAAAUUGCAAAUUUCAGAAGAUGAAGCUGUUGAGGAAAUGGAAGUAUUAAAGUCUAGAAUUAAAGAACUUGAAACUAAGGAAAAGGUUUUAUUAGAACAAAUUUCAUUAUUGGAAGACAAUGAAAAGCAAAAGGAUAGUGAGCAGGAUGUUGUCCAGUCAUUAACCCUUGAACUUCAGAGAGUACAAGAAGAUCUUGGAAUCAAAAUUUCGAAGUUGCAAGAAGAUAUCCAGGAGAAAGACAGGGCGUUGGAAAAGUCUGCAAACUACUGUCAAGAACUGGAGAACAAGGUUGCAGAGUUUGAAAAACAUGAGAAUGAAUAUAUGGAAAAAAGUGAGCAAUGUGCUCAACUUAAAUCAGAAUGUGAUAAUUUAAAGGUUCGUGUGCAGGAUCUUGAAACAUCGGAACAUGAAUUGAUGGAGAUUGCUAACUUAAUUGAGAAAAUACAGGAAGAUGAUAAGAAAAUGAAAAUGAAAAUACAGUCACUGGAAAAUGAAAUUCAUGAGAAAGAAAAUUGUUUGCAGCUUAUAAAAGAGGAGAAUGCUGAAUUAUUAUUGCAGUGUAGUAACAUUCCAGAACUAAAAGAGAAAAUUAAUCACCUCAGUAAACAGCUUGAUGCCAGUGAAUCAGAUGAUCAGAUUCAAAGGUCAAAUUCAGUUUCCGAAAGUAUGGAUAUAGUUGUAGAAACUAUUCAACAACCAUCUGUUCAGAAAACAACUGAAACUGUAAUGUUCACGUCUGCAUUAGAAGGUGAUAGAAAUAUUUAUUCAAUGGAAAAGAUGAUUAAAGAACUUGAAGAUGAAAAACAGGAGAUGCAGCAAAGAAUUUUUGAACUUGAACAAAAAGAAAAUGCUUUUCAGGAAACUCUUUCACAUGCAGAUGCCAUAAUGCUUGAACGUGAAUCUGGUUUUCUUGAACAAAUAAAUGAACUUGAGACAUCCCAGGGUGACUUGAAAAAACUUUUGGAAGCAGUGAACAACACCUCAGAAGAUAGAGCAAGUGAUGACUGGCAUGAUGCACUAGAUGACACAAAUGUUGAUGAAGAACUCAUAAAACCAAGUAAAGAUGAAGAAAUUAGACACCUCCAGCAAAUAAUUUUAGAACUCGAGGAAACAAAGUUACAGCAAAAACUGGAGCUACAGAAUAUAAACCAAAAUAUGCAGGAUGCUAUUAUGAACAAUAAUCAAAGAGAUAAAAAAUUGGAGUCAUCAUUGAAAAGGUUGUCAGAAUUGGAAGAAAUUGAGGCUAAACUUUUGGAAGAAUUGGAAAAAGCUGAAAAUAUGCACAAAACAUUAACAGAGGCAAAUGAAGAACUUCUAGAAGAAGUUGCCUUACUCAGGUUAAGAGUCGAAGAUCUGGAAUCCACUUCACAAGCCCAGCCUUGCCAAAUUCCAUCUGAUGAGUCUUUAAGUCAAGAUGCUGAGAAGUUACAAGAAGAACUCGAAAAUGUAAUCAUGCAGUUACAGGAUUUGCAGGAAAAAGAAGAGAAACUCAUAGAGGAAGUUCAAGAUAAAGAAAAUCUUGUAAAAGAACUAAAAAAAAUAAAUGUUCAGCUGCAAGAUGAUCUUGAAAUCUAUUGUAAUAAUGUCAAAGAGCUUGAAGAGUCAGAAAAAAAGUUGAAAGAAAUGCUGAACCAACAAGAUAAAUCAGAAGAUGCGCUUAAAAUAAACCUUACUGAGCUUGAAGAACGAAUAAGUGAACUUGAGGCAACUAAAGCAUUCUUGACAGAGAGGUUAAGUGAAAAGCAUGAAUCAGAGGAUAAUUUGAAAAGAGAAUUAUUGUCUUCGGAGAAUAACUUUAAUGAAAGUGAAAAGUCUUUAAAAGAAUCACAGGAGAUGCUGAAGAAACAACUAUAUGACAUGGAGGAAGUGGACAAUGAGUUAAGGAUUCAUGUUAGAGUGAUGGAGGAUUCAGAAGCAGACCUUAAAGAAAAAGUUCUGAAGCUUGAAUUGGUGGCAGUGAAUGCAGUGCAGCAAAUUGAGCAACUAGAGAGCUCAAAUGAGACAUUGAAAACCAAGGUAUUAUCCUCUGAAGAAGCAGAGAAACUGAUGAGAAUUGAUUUUAACCAGAUGAAACAUGAGAAAGAUAUUCUCAAUGAUAAAAUUUGUUCUGCAGAGAAAGUAGAGAAAAUGCUUAGGGGAAGGAUUGAGGAGCUGGAGAGUGUAGAGUCCCAGAUAAGAACUCAAGUUUGGAAAUUAGAAAGAGGGGAAGUGAAACUGAAGGAUAGAAUACAAGAACUGGAGGAGAAUAACUCAUCAAUGGAAAGGAAGAGUAAUCAAGCUAUUGAGCUAGAACAAGAGGUGCUAAGACUACAAAAUGAACUCCAGGAAACAAACAUGAAGCAAGAUCAACUACGAAGAUCUAAGGAUCAACUGCAAGACCAACUAAACAAAUUACACAACAAUUUAAAUAAUGGAACAAUGGAAACAGCACAAAAGAAGGUGAGUGUACCUGAGGAAGAAUACCAUCAGAUGAAAGCCCAGGUAACUCUACUGUCAGUUGAUGUGCAAGAACAACUUCAGGGUGUUGGCAAGUUGCCAGAUCUUCUUCACCAGUUGUCUCAUCAUUAUUCUUGCAAGUUCAUCAAUGACUUCGUUCUCCAAAAUACACCAACAACAGGCCAUAAAUCUUUGAAGGAUGCACUGGAAUCAGUUUCUCAAGAUUGUUAUCCUGCUCAUCUUACUGAAGCCUCAAUAGGAAAUUUUUAUAUAUUAUAUCGACUACAAGCCUUAGAAGACAUGUUUGAGGAUUUGGAAGAACCUUUAAAUGCGACCAGGUUGCACAACACACCUGGACAUUCCCACAUCAUUUUUGAUGAGAAUGAUCAACCCGUGGAGAUUCAUUGUGCAUUGUGCGCUCGCAAGAAAAUGCAGGAAAGGAAACGAGCUGCGGAACAGUGGUUAGCAACAGUUGCAUUGGAGACACAUCCAACAAAUUUGAUACAGAGGGAAAUAGUCACUAAGGAGUCCUAUUCUUCCUUUGAAGAGCCUACUCCAUUAAAACAAGCAAGUCCAAGUACCCGAAGGAAACUAAUUGAUGACCUAGUAAAUGCCCUUCCUACGAUCACUGUGGAAGAGUCUGUUACGGAUCAGAGUAAUGAUAAUGGAUCAGUGGUAGUGGAAGAAGAGUUAAAUGAAAUGAGGAUUGAUGACAAUUUGGAGGCACCGCCAAUUCCAGUGGAGCCUCCACCACUGCCUAGCAGUGCUCCGCCAAAACAUAAAAGAGGUUCUGUAAGUUCCGAGAUGUCUGACAACCCUCCACCCCUUCCUGAAUGGCCUCCUCCAGUUAGUAGCAAGGCUUUUGUUGGAACAGAAGCACCACCUUUAAGAAAGAUGAAUGGACAUGAUGAGAAUGAUGGCAUUCAAAGACCAAGGUCCUUAUUUGCAAAACCAUUAUCAUUUGACAGUGGCACAGAAACACUAUCCACUACAACUGUUGAUCAAGAGACUGAUCAUCCACUAGUUGGCAGAGCUCUAUCAUUGCCAAUUACUCCAAAAGGAAAACGAGAAACACCAGAGCUUCCACCAAAGCCACCAACUCCUCUUUGGCUUAAGAAGAUGAUGGAAUGGCAGAGUCAAGAGAAGGACAAAGAAAUUAAUGAAGCACAAAGAAUGAAAACACAAAACACCAUUCUGCAGUCAAAGAUUGAUGAAAAGGAUAACUUGAUUCAAGAGAUUCGAAAAAGAGAAGAAGAGAUGAAGAGAAAACUGAGAGACAUGGAACAUGUCAGUAUCAGUCGACAGAAGAUUCAAGCCAAAGAAUUGGAACUUGAGGAGAAAAAUUUUGAAAUUUCAAGUCUGAAGUCGGAAAAUUGGCAAAAAGAGAGAGAGAUUGCAACGCUCCAAUCAAGGAUAAAUGAGCUUCAACGUUCACAACAAAGUUAUGUGAAUGAAGAUGGAAUCCUGAAAAAAAUGCGAGAUGAGUUGGACCUAACAAAGGAAAGGCUUCGUAUGAAAGAGAAUCAGCUUGGAAAUAUUGACUACGAUGAGAAGAACUUAAAAGAACAAUUACAUCUAAGUACUCAGAAGUUAGAGGAAAAGGAUAAAGAGCUAAGGACGAAAGCUGAGGAAUUACGUAAAUUGAGAGAGAAACUAGAUAAAUUGGAAAAGGAAGUUGCUGAUACUCAAACCAAUAAUGCUAAAGCUACAGACAUGCAACAACAACUGGAAUCUCUGCAAAGAGAGAAAAUUCAACUUCAAGAACAGGUUGCCAUGUUACCUGAGAUGGAGGAGAACAUUGAGGCACUGAAGGAGCAACAACGUAAAAUGGACCUUGCACUCCGCGAGAAGGAUGCUGUAGAUCGAAAACUGCAAUUGGCCGAGAACAUGCUCAGAGAAAAGACUGGUCAGGAGAUGUUCCUAGUGGAUGAGAAUGCAUCACUCCAGGAGAAGGUGAAUCAUUUAGAAAAGCUGCAUAAAUAUAAGGAUAAUAUUGAAGAACAUUACCAGGAUAUUAGAGAAAAGUUUGACACAAUGGAACAACAGAAGAAUGAAGCUGAGCUUGCUAUUUGUCCCCUGAAGGCUAAAGUAUCUUACCUUCGCGAAAAGUGCAAGGAAAGAGACUUGUUAAUAAAGAAGAUGAGCCGAUUACUUCAAGCACAUGUAGAUUCUAGUCUAAGUGGACAACUUCUUUCAGAGGUCUCGGAAAUACAGACAUCAUUACCAUCAGAAGAGUACAACCAGCCAUUACCACAUUCAUCCCAACUGAAGAAGUCAUCAAAAAAAGAUUACCUUCCUAAAGGUAACUCUGCUGCUACCUUCAAUCCACUUAGUCCACUUUCAAGGAAAAGUCUAUCCUCGGAAGGCCUUGAAAAGAAGCCCGGAGUGAAGUGGCAGAGUUCACAUGACCUAGGUGGUCAGCGAUCUCAAAGCUUACAUAAUGGUUUGGAUGAACUUGAUUUGACUAAAGGAAUCUCUGUGACAGAUUUGUUACAAAAGACAGCACAACCACAAACAAGAUUUGGCACAAGAAAUGAUAGUGUGGAGGACUUGUUAGACUCUCUACAGACACUGAGUGAAACAAUCAGAGGAAGGUCUGCGAAUCAUUCCCGAGAUGCAGACACAGAAACAUCACAAGAGAGAAGUCUUGAUUGGUUGAAUACAUCUCCCGCAGGAGCUGACAUCCUAAGCAGAACAAGAAGUAGACGAUUAAUGCAACCGUCAGUGCAUCUGAAUUCGAGUCCUGAACGGAUUGUUCAAAUGCAUCAAGAACUACAGGAGUCACAUGUUAGUCAUUAUGAUGUUCCUUAUCAGAGCUCUGUAGAUCCAGUAUUGUCAUCAGGAAUUACCUCAAACUCACCUGUUACAAAAGGAACUCCACAAAAUAAAGUGAAUUCCAGAAGCAAUAACCACCUGUCCACAGUUACACCUGAACAGAAUAUGCAAAUUAAUGGACAUAGUAAUGGUUUGAUAAACUCAGACGCAUAUCUCAACAAUACUUCUAAUCCAAACUUGUCUCAACAUAACCCCUUAUCAUUUAAUGGACUUCCAGGUAACAGAGCAAAUGGACCAGUUACAAUGCGGAAUGCUGUUCCAUCCUCGAACGGUGUCAGCCCUCGACAAGACAUGGCAUAUCUUGGCCAAUUAAAUACACGGGAUCUUUCAAGUGGUUUAACCAGAGUUUUACCAGAACCAUCAUCAAGACCAGUACUUGCAGCACAGCCAAGGAACCUGCACCUGAAUCACACAAAUGUCACAAGAAAUCCCACAAUGCACUCUGGUAUUGACAUGCCAGAUAUUUCAGGAGGCAGGGGGAAAUCAACAACUAAUGGACACAUUAGGUCUGGGAAUAAACACUCCAUACAAGCAGAGCCACCUGAGCCUCCCACACAGUUUUCGGUUGCUAAGCAAUUUGGUAAACAUGGCAUUCUGUUGACGUGGAUACCACCAGCAAUGGAUAGGACGUGUCAUAGCAACAACUCACAAGUUGUUGGUUACAAACUCUAUGUUAAUGGGCAACAACGCCAGUUUGUCAGUGACGCCAACCUGAAGAAGGCACUUGUCGAUGGUGUUGACCUUAACAAACCUGUGACCUUUGGCAUCCAGACGAUGUCAGACACUGGUCUUCAUUCCAGAAUUGUACACACAAACUACAACAUUCUAGCAGUUCCUUACUCCACACACUCAGAUUCUGCAGCAACAGAUUCUUUUCAUGAGUUAACAACAACUGAAGGGUCUUCGGUCUUUAGCGAAGAUCAGGAGGAGAGAUUGUUCAUCGCCGUAUAUGAGUACAUCCCAGAGAAACACUCACCCAACGACUUUCCGGCAUACGAGUUAGCUUUUGAGGAAGGCGAUAUUCUGACUAUAUAUGGCCAGAAGCGGCAAGAUGGUUUUUAUCAGGGAAAGGUAAGAGGGAAACAUGGUUUGGUUCCAUCAAAUUUUAUUGAGGAAAUCGCUAUGUCAGGAAGGAACCAUUCAAAGAGGAAACGAAGCAACAAUCGUAGCAACAAAUCAAGUGAACAGACGCGUACUUCUGAAGCUCGACGAUCACAUAAAACUCUUCCAAUACCUUGUAAAAAAGACUCAAGUGUUACAAAACAGAGGAACCUCCAACCGGAACAAAAUAUAUCUAGUUACAAGCAGUGGUGAUUAUCAAGCAUAUUAUUUUUAAGUACUGUAAGUGUAUUACAGUUUAAAGCUACAUGAAUAAUCAUUUUGAGCCAACUUUGAUGGCUGUGGUGGAUUUUAAACUACAGUGGUGGUACUGAGGUUUUUCUCCUUCAGGUUCUUGCCAUAUUUAGGUCUAUUUUCAUUCAUCUAUGCAUGCUGAAAAUUUAAACAUCCAGGUAGUUCUCUUCCUGAUAGGGUGUGAAGUACUGUAGUAUGUACCAACAUUUAUAUGUGCUCACUAUUGUACACUUACCAUAGAAAUGAUAAUAGAGAAUAUUUUAAGGUCACAAAAAAACAUUACAGAUAUUUUUUCUUUUAAAUUGUACAAUAUUAAUCAUUAAUGUUUUUUUACAAUCAUGUUGAUAAAAGUGUGCUGGAAUUUAUAUAUAUUUAUCACUAAAUUAUGAUGGGAAAAUAUUAAACAACUUCAAAUUACUGAAAUGAUAAUGAUCAAGGCUUUGAUAUGCAAUUUAUAUAUAUAACUUAAAUUUAGAAAAAAAAUUGGCAACCAAGUUAGAACCGAGAUAUCAGUUUGUGUUUAACUCACUUCAAUAUAAAAUUGUUUAGGAUUUUAAAGUAUGGACUAUUUAUUGUAAACAGUACAUGCAUUUAUCAUCAACAUAAUUGGCUUUUCCUGGAUUAGCAGAAAAAUUCAUAAACUUUUACGUCAAUGAAAUUUUCGUUUUCCAAAGCAUAUCAAACUAGCUACAGCUAACACGAAAUUAAGGUAAAACGUAUGAACAAGGUAGGCAAACUAAAAUUGCACUGAACUCUGCAGAGGCGGGUUCUUUAGUGUAACACUAAGAACUCUCAACAUCACUCUAGCUAUUAACACUGCAGCCAUAGUUUGAGUCUCACUGACAUUGACUCAAUAAACUAGGUACUGUAGUGUGUUCAGUGCUUUUGGGUCAUAAGUACAAUUACAUCUGGUUUUCUGAAGAAAUUUGGUGUGCUGGAAUUAAUAUCUUAGAAUUUUGUUCAUAAUUAACUUUCAGAAAACAGUUGCUGUACCAGAACCAGUACUGGUAGCAAUACCAAUAUCAAACAUUGGCUAGUGUUUGGUGAUCUUUAAGGUCUGUCCACACUACAUGGACAGUCAUCUUGAUUUGUCCAUAUAUGGCUAUAAUGAUGUCAUUUUACACCCAUAUAUAUGUAUUUGUCACUUAAAAACCUGAUUGUGUAAACAGAUUUUUAGCUUCAAGAACCUAAUAUAACAUAUAACUUUAAGUAAAUUAAUUUUUGUGUUGUUUUGAAAGAUCAUGUGUAAUGCUCUGUCCAAACAAUCAAAUUUCAUUUGACAACGAUUUGGGGAGGGUUUCUACCUUAGAAAUGCCCGAAAUCAUAAGCUUUGAAGGCUGAUUUCUCAAAUAUAGUUCUUUAAAGAACUGUAUGUUUAAACUUCUGUAACUUCAUAAUGAAAUGUCGGAUUUAAAUGAUUGUCUUACCAUUUUAUAUGUCUCAUUUUAUUGUUAAACCCUGUAUUAAUAACUAAAAAUGUUUUUUUGCGACGAAUGACUGGUUUGGCUUGACUUUGCCACAUAUUAGGCCAAAAACAAAAUUGUUUGUUUGCCCUUCUCCACCC